GAUAACUUUAUGCGAUUUAUAAUGAUUAAAAUCUUAUUUAACAUUUCCUGACAGUUGAAUAAUUGUGAAUAAACAAUGUCUGAAUGUAGGAUUUGCUUGGAAACAAGGAAGAAUGUGCGGUGUAUAUUUAAGGGCACGGAUCGGGACCUCAAUACUACGUUCGCUGACAUGAUAACUUACGUCGCUAGUAUUAAGAUUGCAAGAGAAGACGGGAUCACGGAUCAGAUAUGCCUGACUUGUCGGAAAAAGCUCACAGAGUUAUAUGAUUUUAAACUUCUCAUACUAAGGUCCAACACUCAACUGCAUCAAAAGAACAAUUCAAAUUUCAAAAGGAUCCAUUUUAACGACAUAACAGAUGUCAAGCUUGAAAUCGCUGUGGCCCCGACUGAUGAGAAAUAUCUACUCAAAGAUUACGAGGACAUUAAGAUGAAUCUGCAGAGUGCAGAGGACUCUGUAUGUUACAAGGAUACCACAAUUAAGAAGGUGGAGCCAAGCUCCGUGGAAGUGGAGAUAGACAAUCAGCCGAUGUCGGUGAUGGACUUUCUUGACACCAUCAAAGAUGAUCUGCAAAAUGACUAUGACCAGGAUUUCGAUACGGCCCAAAGCGAUCCAGAUUCGGACUCUGAUGAAUAUUUGCCACACAGCAUUUUACAGAAGAAAUAUGGGAAAAAACAUAAGAAAAAGAAAAAGACUAAAUUGUCAAAACCCACCAAAAACGGAAACACCAAAACGGAAGCACCGAGCCGUGUCCGUAUAAAGCCGACCUGGAUCGAGGACCUGCGCGUCAUGGCCACGUACGAGCCCAAGAGCAAGAGACCCAGAGAGAAGAAGAAGUACAAGUCCAAGACGAAGGAGGGGAUGUGCCCCUACUGCGGCAAGCUCUCUAAGAACCUCGCCAGCCAUCUCGUGUUACAUAGGGAGCCGCUGUAUAAGUGCGGCUUUGAGCCGACCUGGAUCGAGUACCUGUGCGUCAUGGCCACGUACGAACCCAAGAGCAAGAGACCCAGAGAGAAGAAGAAGUACAAGUCCAAGACGAAGGAGGGGAUGUGCCCCUACUGCGGCAAGCUCUCCAAGAACCUCGCCAGCCAUCUCGUGUUACAUAGGGAGCCGCUGUAUAAGUGCGGCUUUGAGCCGACCUGGAUCGAGGACCUCCGCGUCAUGGCCACGUACGAACCCAAGAGCAAGAGACCCAGAGAGAAGAAGAAGUACAAGUCCAAGACGAAGGAGGGGAUGUGCCCCUACUGCGGCAAGCUCUCCAAGAACCUCGCCAGCCAUCUCGUGUUACAUAGGGAGCCGCUGUAUAAGUGCGGCUUUGAGGGUUGCGGCAGAACGUUCCACCACCGCGCCCCCAUGCUGAGCCACGAGCGCGCGCACACCGCCGCGCGGGACUUCCGCUGCGACCAGUGCGUCGCGGCCUUCCACUCGCUGCACGCGCUCAACCAAACGUUCCACCACCGAGCCACCACGCUGAGCCACGAGCGCGCGCACACCGCCGCGCGGGACUUCCGCUGCGACCAGUGCGUCGCGGCCUUCCACUCGCUGCACGCGCUCAACCAAACGUUCCACCACCGAGCCACCACGCUGAGCCACGAGCGCGCGCACACCGCCGCGCGGGACUUCCGCUGCGACCAGUGCGUCGCGGCCUUCCACUCGCUGCACGCGCUCAACCAAACGUUCCACCACCGAGCCACCACGCUGAGCCACGAGCGCGCGCACACCGCCGCGCGGGACUUCCGCUGCGACCAGUGCGUCGCGGCCUUCCACUCGCUGCACGCGCUCAACCAAACGUUCCACCACCGAGCCACCACGCUGAGCCACGAGCGCGCGCACACCGCCGCGCGGGACUUCCGCUGCGACCAGUGCGUCGCGGCCUUCCACUCGCUGCACGCGCUCAACCAAACGUUCCACCACCGAGCCACCACGCUGAGCCACGAGCGCGCGCACACCGCCGCGCGGGACUUCCGCUGCGACCAGUGCGUCGCGGCCUUCCACUCGCUGCACGCGCUCAACCAAACGUUCCACCACCGAGCCACCACGCUGAGCCACGAGCGCGCGCACACCGCCGCGCGGGACUUCCGCUGCGACCAGUGCGUCGCGGCCUUCCACUCGCUGCACGCGCUCAACCAACACAAGAAAUGUCACGACCAGACAAGAAGAUACGUUUGUGAAACCUGCAGCAAGUCUUACAAGCGGGGGCACCAGCUAUCCCGGCACGUGCGCACACACAACUCCGCCAACAAGAACGUCCAGUGCGAGCUGUGCAACAUGUCCUUCUUCUCACAGAUCGGGCUGAGACACCACAUGAGGGUGCACACCGGCGAGCGGCCCUACAACUGCGAGCUGUGCUCGCAGCCGUACAGCUACAAGCACGACUUCAACCGCCACUGCCUCAAGAAGCACGGGGUGUUCCUCAAGCGGCGCUCGGUCAACGUGAUGAACGCGGAGGUGUUGUCUCGCGAGCGCCUGGUGAUGCGCGAGCUGGCGGCGGCGGCGCGCUCCGGGGCUAUGGGCCCGCCGCCGGCGCUCUUCGUCGGCAAACAGGGCGCCCUGGCCUACGAGCUGGCUAUCCGCACUUUACGCAAGAACCCGCUGCUACUCGCGCCGCACUCUUGAUGACAAAUCAUUAUACAACCACAGACAGAAGUGAUGUGAACAUU